AUGGUGCAGACAAAUGGCGUUCCUGGAAUCGCCACCAAGCGAUCGGGCGUUAUCAACCUGAUGAACACAAUCUUGGGAGCAGGUCUUCUGAGUGUCCCGUACGCCAUCAAAUGUAACGGUCUGUUUUUGGGCGUGGUGUUUGUCUUGUUUUCGGCCCUCACUUCAGGCCUGGGUCUUUAUUUAUUGGCUGUUGCCUCCACCUACUCGAUUCCUGGCCAUGCUUCGUUCUUCUCACUGUCCAAGUUGACCGUCCCCCAGCUCGGGAUCGUGUUUGAUCUCGCCAUUGCCGUCAAAUGUUUCGGGGUUGGCUGUUCCUAUUUAAUUGUCAUUGGAGACCUCAUGCCCCAAAUUAUGAGCUCCAUCGUUUCCAACGAAAACCUGGAACAUUACCCGCUUCUGUCCAGCAGAACGAUGUGGAUCACCCUGUUUGUGGUUGCCAUCCUGCCGCUCGUGUACAAGCGCAAGCUUGACUCGCUGAAAACCGCGUCUUUGGUUGCUCUCUCCUCGGUGGGGUACCUGGUGAUCUUGGUUGUGGUACAUUUCGCUCACAUCUGGACCGGCGGCAAGGAAGACAUCGUGAGAGGACCGAUCCACUACUUCCAACCAGAUUCGAUCAUCUCGCUGCUGUCGUCGUUCCCCAUUCUGGUGUUUGGUUUCACCUGCCACCAAAACCAGCUGGGAAUCAUCAACGAGCUCAAGGAUCGGUCUCUGGCAAAUAUCGGAGAAAUGAACUUCAUAUCAAUCGGGUCCGCGUGCAUUCUCUAUCUUGUGGUUGGGUUAUCGGGCUACCUCACUUUUGGAGACAACGUUGUCGGCAACAUUAUCACCAUGUAUCCAAACUCUGUCUCUUCCACCAUUGGCAGAAUCGCAAUCGUCAUCUUGGUCGCAUUGAGCUACCCAUUGCAGUCUAAUCCUGCAAGAGCCUCGAUCAACCAUGUGGCCUACUACAUCAACGACUCUGAUCUCGCCAAAUCCAUCAGAUCGUACUCAAGAUCGUCCACCACGUCUUCCGCAAUCACGACCGAAGAGCGCCGCAACUUGGUUGCCCAGUCACCUACCCCAAACGGCAGUGUCCUGAUUGACGACUCAAUCGUGAUGGAAGAAGAGGAAAAUGAGCAUUACGUCGAGCUCACCAACAAAAAACUCCUGAUCAUCACCACAAUCAUUGUGAUUCUAUCGUAUUUGGUGGCUAUCACGGUCAAGUCGCUUGCCCAUGUGUUGGCUAUAGUUGGUUCCACAGGUUCCACAUCGAUCUCGUUCAUAUUGCCGGGAUUUUUCGCAUACAAGCUGAUUGGCAGCGGCAACGUUUCACUCUCCACCAAAGACCUUGUGCUAAAAUACUCCGGGCUGGCUCUCGCAAUAUGGGGCUUUGUUGUGAUGAUUAUCUGUUUGUCAGCUACAUUAUUCUUGGGAGCCACCCAUUGA